AUGGUAGUGAAGGUUAAUUGGACCAAAACAGUAAUCGCAUCUGGUCUUUUUGCGGCCACCGCAGUUUUUCUAUAUUAUCUUUUCAAGAAUGACGAGGAGGAGCCUGAAGAGUUCGAUUCCUAUAAGCAGAGUCAUACUCCGCCAGCUUUAUCGACGAGCAGAGCAGAGAAGAUAUCCAAGAAGGAGUGUAUUGAGCUGCUUAAGAAAAUAGCGGACAGUCAGGAGGACACAAAGACGUUGAUGUCCACAGUCGUGGACGAGCUGCUUUCGAAGAAGCUGAAGUCGAGCCUGAUCGACGUGUACCAGAGGUGCUGCUCCGCGAUCCCGCCGGACCCACUCGAGAGCGAGGGGCUCACGCUGUUCGACCUGGACCACGUGGUCGACAGGUACCAGAACGACCCUACGAUCAGGGACUCCAUCGUUAAAAUCAUGACCAUUGUCCCGCCCGAUGACGGCGACCCGGUCUUGUCGAUAGACGAGAUCAUUAGGAUCCACGAGUUUAUGUUGAGUGAGCUCGAGGGCAUUGUCGCCUCGUACAAGAGUCUUCCGAACCGGGAGUCGCUGGAGAAGAAGGUGCUCACUCUCGCCGUUCAGACGCUCAUCUCCUCCAGGGUUCAGCAGAAGUUCGGCUACAAGUACACUCUCGUUGACAAGUCCGUCAUUAAGAACCACAGUGAGCUCAGCAUGAACACGAGGUUUGCCAGGCUCAAUAUGCAGAUGCAGAGCGAAAUGUCUGAGAUGACCGGGUAA